AUGGUCCAUGACCGCCACUCGGAAUAUCUCGAGAGCAAGGACACCUUCGCCGACACCAUGUUCGGCUUCCGACCUCAUAAGCCGGCACAAGACAUCCUUUUACAGCUUCAUCACGAGAUCCUCGAAACCAAAGAACACCCACAUAACGACAAGAUAGUCCUGGCACUCGAUCUCAAGGGUGCCUUUGAUAAUGUUAAGCACGCCGUCAUACUAAAGCAUCUUAGAGAGACCAACUGCGGCGCUCGUACAUUCAACUAUAUCAAACAUUUCUUAACGGACCGUUUGGCCCAUAUACGCCUACAAGAGACUGAGUACGGCCCGUUUGAGAUGGGAACACGGGGCACACCACAAGGCGCGGUGUUGUUCCCGUUUCUCUUUAACAUUGCCAUGAAAAACCUUCCUGCACAGCUGGUGGGUGUCGAUGGUGUUCAGCAUGCGCUGUACGCCGACGACAUCGCCAUCUGGGCCAAUACGGGAAACAUAGCAGAGAUGGAGAAAUGCCUGCAAGCAGCGGCGAGCAUAGUAAUCCACUAUGCCACGUAG